UAACCCGAUUCCAUUCGAUCGCUUCAGCGUACAGUAGAGUCUAUCACCGUCACUGUAGUCUUUCCGCAACCCCUAUCUCUGUGCAACGUAUGGUUCGAGUUAAUCACUGUCGUGGUAGUUUAUGUACCCUUACCGUAAUUGAUUCCUGUUAGCUCAACGUAUGGUCGAGUUUAUCACCGUCGUUGAAGUUACCACUCUACCAGUACAUCUGUAACCCGAAGAACCUCUCCUUACUCGAAUUUCGACUAGACAGUUUCCCCGUUUACGCUUCACGUAUACCUCCGCCCUACACGAGGAAACCCUAACCUAAAAACCUGCCCUGUAGAUCUAAAGUUCGUUCACCCAACAGAAAUAGUUAAGCCCCUCCUCAACAAUUACCGUCACAUUUGAAUACGACAUUGUUAUUGGUGUAAUUUUUGAAGCCACAAUCACACUUGUAAAGCGAAUUGGCCGAAUUGGGUAAUCUGUCAUCUUGCCUAUUGCGUUUCUGCCGGUUUUUACGUUUUUACAUCUUUACUUGCGUCAAUUUGCCAUUACUCUCCUUUAUUCACACAAAAUAGUCUUUAUAAAGACUCGUCGGUGUAUUCUAAAGAUAGUCAGGUGAGUAAUUAUAAAGUUUUAUACACGAUUUUUACAUGCCUGUUUUUAGGGUUAUAUUAUUCGCGAUCAAGAAAAGUUGUACGCAAACAUGAAUGUCGCCGGUGCUGCUUUCUCUCCACCGAAAAAACGUUUUGCCAAGCACUUUUCAGUUGAAGACAAAACUGGCAUUUUAAAUAUCUUCAAGGCAUAUUCGGAAGACAACCCGGAGGUAUCUAAAACGGAUAAAGUUGAGUUUACGGCUAAAGCAGCAAGUGUAAGCAUUCCGAGUGUCUACAAGAUUCUUCGGGAGUAUACAGAGGUACACGAACUUCAUUCACCUAAAAAAUAUUAUCGACCACGAGCAAUUUUGGACAAUAUUGAUUCCGGAACUAAAAGUAUUCUUCGACGUUUGCUUCAUUCUUUCUUUGAAAGAAAUGAACCACCUACCCUGAGUAAAGUUUUGGCAGUGUUACACGAAGACGAAGACUUACCCCAUUUGAAACGAACUACUUUAUGGAAAUUAAUAAAAGAAAUAGGUUUUCGAUUCCAAAAGAGGUCACGCAAUAGUGUUCUUAGGGAAAAGGACGAAAUAAUUACUUGGAGGCGUCGGUUCUUGCGUGAAAUUAGAAAAUAUCGUGAAGAAGGUAGGAAGUUGUAUUUCCUAGAUGAAACUUGGGUGGGCAUACUGUAAGCAAAGUAUGGAAGGACACCACAA